GGCUAAAAUGAGUGGACGAGGAAAAACCGGAAAGGCCAAGAGCAAGCCCAAGUCUCGCUCGUCCCGGGCCGGACUGCAGUUCCCGGUGGGCCGUGUUCACAGGCUCCUGAGAAAGGGUAACUAUGCUGAGCGGGUGGGUGCCGGAGCCCCGGUCUAUCUGGCCGCUGUGCUCGAGUAUCUGACGGCUGAAAUCCUCGAGUUGGCCGGUAACGCGGCCCGGGACAACAAGAAGACCCGCAUCAUCCCCAGACACCUGCAGCUGGCCGUCCGCAACGACGAGGAGCUCAACAAGCUGCUGGGAGGGGUGACCAUCGCUCAGGGCGGGGUGCUGCCCAAUAUCCAGGCCGUGUUGUUGCCCAAGAAAAGCGGCGCGCCCGCCAACCCCAAGGGCAAGUAAAGAGACAAAGCGACAAUUUAGAAACCCAAAGGCUCUUUUCAGAGCCACUCAGAUUGUCUGUGGAAGGGCUGAGCACCGGCUGUGGUGGGUCCGGGGGAUUUCCGAUCCGGGUGUCUGUCGUAGACAACAAGCAGCUUAAACUCCUGGUCUAAACCGCUUUUUCUCCUAAAAAGAAACAUUAUUUAUCUGCGCAUUAUUCUCCCUGAACCCGAACUCCCUCCCUUUCCUGAAUCGCCUCACUUUACAGAAAAUUAUUUUUUCGCGUGACGUCACCACUUCCUGGAUGACUGCCAAUUGGCGCUUGAUUGACAGUAAACCGCCUGAUCUCAUUGAGUGAAAAAGCCCAAUCAAAGAGUGGCAAUUCACCUAUCCGCAACGUCCUACGCGCCAAAACUAACUGUCUGUCCACCAAAACCAUGGAAGUCCACUAAGAGGAAAAUAAUUUUAUAAGAACAAUCCAAGAGUAAUUACAGGUGUGUGAAAAUAGGAGCCAAUCCAUUAAUAACAUUGACUGUGUGGAUUUAGUUAAAAAAAAUUAUCCUCGUGCAAGUACCCACAAAGAAGCGCAAUAGAAUCCAUGAAAAACCAAAAAAUCUGCCUCAGUGGAUUGGAAUGGGUUUCAGGACAGCUACAAGACACCUAACUGCAGCAAAGGUCAGAUGGUGACGAGAAGGCAUACAGGAGUGAGAUGGAUCAGCAGAAUGUGUGCUCUUGCAUUCAAUGUCAAUCAGACCAAGGAAUGGAUUGUGGACUUCAGGAAGGGUAACACAUGGGAACACACACCAGUCCUCAUUGAAGGAUCAGAAGUGGAAAAGGUGAGCAACCUCAAGUUCCUGGGCCCAUGAUAUUGAUGCUGUUAAAAAGAAGGUACAACAGUGGCUAUAUUUCAUUAGGAGUCUGAGGAGAUUUGGCACUCAUAAGUUUCUACGAAAGUACGUGGAGAGCAUCCUAACAGGCUGCAUCACCGUCUGGUAUUGGGGUGGGGGGGGGGGCACUGUACAGAAUCAAAAUAAAUUGCAGGAAGUUGUAAACUCAGUCAGCUCCAUCGUGGGCACUGUCCUCCCCAGCAUCAAGGACAUCUUCAAUGAGCUAUGCUUCAAAAAGGUGGCAUCCAUCACUAUGGACUCCAUCCCCUCUUUUCAUUUCUACCAUCAGGAGGUGGUACAGAAGCCUGAAGAAAUAAACUCAACAAUUCGGGAGCAGCCUCUUCCCCUUUGUCGUCAGAUUUCUGAAUGAACAUUGAACCCAUGAACCUCACUACCUUUUUUACCCUCUUUUUGUUCUACUUAUUUAACUUAAUGUAUGUAAUUUAGUUUUUAUUAUGUAUUGCAAUGUACUGCUGCCACAUAACAACAAAUUUCAUGAUGUAUGCCGGUGAUAUUAAAACUUAAAAGACUUAAAACUUAAAACUUAAAAGAUAUUAAAAGACUUUCUCUAAA